UUUGUACUUCCAUCGCUAGCCCGCUCACAGCGACCCAACCGCGGAGGAAAUCGACGUCCCGGGCGGACAUGUUGUCGUUUUUGCGUGCUUGAGACCCACACCGUCGACAGCCGGCGCCGAUGUGCGGCCGGACCCGAGGCAAGGAGCCACGGAGAGCGGAGAGAUCGGCCCGAACAGCGUCCUCCUGUAGCUGCCGCUCAAGCAGCUAACGCGGCUAACACUUGACUGGAGAUCAAGCUAGCUGGCUGGCUGACAGCUGGUCCGGCUAGCUCCGCGUCCCCGACACCCCCGUGGAUUUACUCGCUGCAACAAUGACUUGUCUCUGACAGUGAGAGGACUGAGGCCCAGCUGGUUGUCACACUGGUGGAAGCAGAACCCAUUAACAGAGAAGGUGGGUCUGUGCAGACUGCGGUGAAGUGGAUGAACAGAACCGACCGAGUGGCCCAUGCCCUUAGAUUUGACCUGCCACAGCUGCCAAUAUGAUGCCAAUGAUAUUGACGGUGUACCUCAGUGAUGGGGAACAGGCCGUGACUGAGGUGCCCAUCACCCCUGAGACGACGUGCCGCGACGUGGUCGAGUUCUGCAAGGAGCCCGGCGAGAGCGGCUGCCACCUGGCUGAGGUCUGGAGAGGCAACGAGCGAGCCAUCCCCUUCGAGCACAUGAUGUACGAACACCUGCAGAAAUGGGGGCCUCGGAAACAAGAGGUCAAGUUCUUCCUCCGGCACGAGGAUUCACCAACGGAGAGCAGCGAUCAAGGGAGUCAGCAGUCUCAGGAUCAGACGAGUCGCAGGAGUGGAAACACUGGAGAGAAGCACAAUGAGAACGGGGUGGGGAAUCAGCGUGUGGAGCUCACGCUGUCAGAGCUGCAGGAGAUGGCCACACGGCAGCAGCAGCAAAUCGAGGCUCAGCAGCAGAUGCUUGUGGCGAAGGAGCAACGUUUGCGUUACCUGAAGCAGCAGGAGCGGCGCCAGCAGCAAACCGUGUCGGAGAGCGAGAAGCUGCAGAGGCUAAAGGACCGGGUGGAGAGCCAGGAGGCAAAGCUCAAGAAGAUCCGGGCAAUGAGAGGCCAGGUGGACUACAGCAAGGUCAUCAACGGAAACUUGUCUGUAGAGAUUGAGCAAGUCAGCAGCCUGUUCCAAGAGAAGCAGGAAGAGUUGCAAUCUGCUGUGCUGAGGGUGGAGCAGCUCAGCCUGCAGCUGGAGGACCUGCGGAGAGGGAAGCUCAACGGCAUACAGACCGUGUUGGGCGGCCAAGUAACCGGCGUCGCAGCCCUGGAGCUCCGUAAGCUCUACCAGGAGCUUCAGAUUCGGAACAAGUUGAACCACGAGCAGAACAGCAAGCUGCAGCAGCAGAAGGAGCUUCUGAACAAGCGCAACAUGGAAGUGACGCUCAUGGACAAGCGCAUCAGUGAGCUGCGGGAACGCCUCUACAAGAAAAAAGCUGAGCUGAACAGAGCCAACGGGCCUCCCUCUCCACAGCCGGCUCCUGGGACUCUGGGCCGCGUCGCCGCUGUGGGGCCGUACAUCCAGGUCCCUGCAUCGGGCCGACCGGAAGGAGGCUACACCAUGCCACCCGAUCCACUGAAGCCUCAGACCCUGGGUGUCAACAAUCAAGCCAACCACGGCCGCACCAAGUCAGCUAAUGACCCUGGUUGGCCGACUCUUGGGAAGACGAACACAACUCUAAAGCCUCCAGAGAGAAGAAACUCAGGCUCUGAUACUCAUGGAAAAAGCCCCCCCUCAGGGUCGCCCGUCGCUCCGAGUGCAGAAAAGGUGCUACAAUCCAAAAUGUCUGUCUCCUCCCCUGCCAUAUCCAAGCCACAGCCGCCUCCCUAUGGCUCCCACCUCAUCACUGCGAACUCCGCCAGCUCCUUGGAGCGCCGAAAGGAUGUUCCUCCUCCUCCUCGACCACUCCCCAACCCGCCGGCUCCUGCUUGGCCCCGCACCGCCCCCUCCUCCACGGGCUCAUCCUCCCAGCAGAUCCAGCAGCGAAUCUCGGUGCCACCGAGCCCCACCCUACAGCCCAACAUGCCGCUGUUCCCCCCCGGGCUGAGCGAGCGCCUCGACCCGCCUCCCGCUGUGGCAGUACGGCCCUUCAUCCCAGACAGAGGGUCGCGGCCCCAGUCGCCCCGUAAAGGUCCACCCACUAUGAACUCCAGCUCCAUCUAUCACAUGUACCUCCAGCAGGCAGCGCCAAAGAGCCAGCCACUCAAGCCUGCGCUCAAAGCUGUUUACGGAAAGCCUGUACUCCCCUCUAGCUCGACCCCCCCGUCGCCACUGCCUUUCGUCCAGGCAGGAGGGGCCUUCCCAUUGCUCCACUGCCCCCCCGGCGGUGACGACACUCUGGACGGAGAAAUUGACGACCUCGAUGGCUUCCAGCACCUGGAGCCCUCAGCGCCUCCUCCCAGCGUGGAGAACAUCCCUCGACCACUCAGCCCUACGAAGCUCACGCCCAUGGUACACUCCCCGCUGCGCUACCAGAGUGACGCCGACCUCGAGGUGCUCCGUAAAAAGCUGGCCAACGCCCCGAGACCCCUCAAGAAGCGCAGCUCCAUCACAGAACCGGAGGGCCCCAGCGGACCCAACAUCCAGAAACUGCUCUACCAGAGAUUCAACACUCUCGCCGGAGGCAUCGAGGGAAAUGGAGUCAGUGGAUCAGGAGGAGGCAACGGGGCAGGGAAUGGAACGCCGUUCUAUCAGCCGGCCAAUCCUCCCGGAUAUCUGGGAGGUGAGUCUGGGGCUGAUACAGACAAUGGCAACCUCCCGUCUGGAAUGCCGCUACCGCCCCCACCUGGGGCAGAGGAGCUGGGCUCUGAGGCUACACCUCCAUCUUCUGACGCUAACGACAAUGAUCCGCUGCCCCCGUCGCCAGAAGGGCUGGAGGAUCCCGCAGAGGAGGAGGAAGCCGAAGAUGACAAUAACAACAACGUGGGAACCUCGGAGGCGUCGCUGCCGAGCCCGCUGCUGGAGGUCAGCACUCCAGAGGAGAGCGGCAUGGCGGCCUCACAGGCUCUGGAGAAACGCACAAACCUGAAGAAGCCGAACUCGGAGCGCACGGGUCACGGCUUCAGAGUCAAGUUCAACCCUCUGGCUCUGCUGCUCGACGCCUCCUUAGAGGGAGAGUUUGAUCUCGUCCAGAGGAUCAUCUACGAGGUGGAGAAUCCAAGCACUGCCAACGACGAGGGCAUCACCCCCCUGCACAACGCCGUGUGCGCCGGACAUCACCACAUCGUCAAGUUCCUGCUGGAUUUCGGCGUGAACGUCAACGCUGCCGACAGCGACGGCUGGACGCCGCUCCACUGCGCCGCCUCCUGUAACAGCGUCCAUCUCUGCAAGGUGCUGGUGGAGUCGGGCGCGGCCAUCUUCGCCAGCACCAUCAGCGAUGUGGAGACUGCUGCCGAAAAGUGUGAAGAAAUGGAAGAGGGUUUCAUCCAGUGCUCCCAGUUUUUAUACGGUGUUCAGGAGAAGUUGGGUGUGAUGAACAAGGGGACGGUUUACGCUCUCUGGGACCACGAGGCUCAGAACCAGGACGAGCUGUCUUUCGGCGAGGGGGACCCCAUCACCAUCGUGCGACGGCAGGACGACCGCGAAACCGAUUGGUGGUGGGCGCGGCUCGAAGACCACGAGGGCUUCGUGCCCCGCAACCUGAUCGGGCUCUAUCCUCGCAUCAAACCUCGUCAGCGCUCGCUGGCGUAGCGUCUCCCUUCACCGACCUGUGGCGAACAGCUGGGCCAGCGACAAAAACCAAGAGCAGAGAACAAAAAGGAGCGCGGCGCUCCGACUUCU